AUGACUGAAAGCAAUCUAAUAAAAAGUGAGUCAGGUGCAAGCACAUCAAGUGGUAUCACCAAUGCCGCUCUUGAUACUGCUUUUGAAACUAUAGACCUCUGCAGUGAUGAUGAGGACAGAGAGCUUGUUAAGGCUUUGGAGGCAAGUGCUGCUCUUUAUCAAAAUACCACUGCAGAAGCUGGUGCUUCUAAUGUGUCAAACAAUUGUUCUUUUAGUAAGGCUUCAGAUGAUGCAUUAAAAAAUGAAGGAAAUAUUUCAUUUGGCAUCGACGAUAAUGUAUCCAGUGAUGCUAAUAAUAAAUCUCAGUGCUUGUCACAGUGGAGAACAUCAGAUGUGGCUGUUGGCGACUUACGUGGAUUCGAUUGCUCCACAGGAGCUUAUUGGAUAUAUCCCACCAAUUAUCCAGUACGGGAGUAUCAGUUUAAUAUUGUGAAGAAAGCAUUAGUAAAAAACACAUUAGUAACACUGCCCACUGGCUUGGGAAAGACUUUCAUUGCAUCUGUCAUCAUGUAUAACUUCUACCGUUGGUACCCUGAGGGCAAGAUUGUAUUUAUGGCACCAACCAAACCAUUAGUGGCCCAGCAGAUAGAGGCAUGCUAUAACAUCAUGGGUAUACCACAGGAAGACACAGCUGAGAUGACAGGCACUAUGAAUCCAUUAGACCGCCAGGUAGCCUGGAAGGAAAAGCGAGUAUUCUUCUUAACACCACAGGUCUUGACAAAUGAUCUGAGUCGAGGAAGCUGUUCAGCUGUAGCCAUCAAGUGUUUGGUAGUGGAUGAAGCUCAUAAGGCCUUAGGCAAUCAUGCUUAUUGCCAGGUGGUGAGAGAACUUGUCAAAUAUACAAAGCAGUUCCGAGUGGUCGCUUUAAGUGCAACACCUGGCAGUGACCUUAAGGCAGUGCAGCAGGUGAUGAGUAAUCUACUGGUAUCACAUAUUGAACUGAGGUCAGAGGACUCUGCUGAUAUCAAGCCAUAUACCCACAAGCGAACAGUGGAAAAAGUUGUAGUGCCACUGGGGGAUGAACUCACCACAACCAAAAUUCAGUACACAAAGGUAUUGACAGUGGUGGUGCAAAGACUGGUAAAUUAUCGUGUCCUCUACAAAAGGGAGCCUACAAGUCUGUCCAAGUUUUUAAUUCUUAAGGCAAGAGAAGCCUUUAGGCAAAAUCCACCUGAAAACUUGCUGAGAAGCCAGUAUGGAGUGAUUGAAGGAGACUUUGCAAUGGCCAUGAGCUUAUAUCAUGGCUAUGAGCUGCUUCAGCUGCAUGGGUUGCGGUCUUUGUACACGUUCCUGGAUAGCAUCAUAAAUGGUGAAAAGUCACUUAAUCGUACACGUACAGAGUUACUGAAAAAUGUUGACUUCAUCCAAAUCAUGGAAAUCCUUCAGAAAAAGUUUAAGCCUCAACUCUCAACUAACAGUCAAAUGAAGUCAAAGCAUGCUUUCCUGGUGGGUCAUCCGAAGAUGGAGAAGCUGGAACAAAUUGUUUUGGAACAUUUUCACAGGUUUGAUGACGCGAACAAGCCAACACGGGUAAUGAUAUUUGCCCAGUAUCGUGACACUGUGCUGGAGAUCACUGAACUGCUACAGCAGCAUGAACCACUGGUCAAAGUCAUGUCUUUUAUUGGUCAGUCUUCCAAUGGCAAGAGCACGAAGGGGUUCACACAGAAGGAACAACUCAAGGUGAUGCAAGCAUUUCGAAAUGGAGGUUACAACACACUGGUAUCAACAUGCGUGGGAGAGGAAGGACUUGAUAUAGGAGAGGUUGAUCUUAUUGUGUGCUUUGAUGCCCAUAAAAGUCCCAUCCGUCUGGUGCAGCAUGGGCGCACAGGGCGAAAACGACAAGGCCGAAUUGUCAUGCUGGUAACAGAGGGCAAAGAAGAACAGAUAUACAACCAAAGCCAGUACUCCAAACUAAGUAUCCACAGAGCUAUUCUGAAUGGUGCUAGAAACCUAGUUUUCUACAAUAAUAAUCCACGUAUGAUUCCUGAGCACUUGACUCCUGCCUGUCACCGUAUGCAUAUCACUGUGCGGCAGCCACAUAUGGCUGCUAAACAACAGAAGAUGCAGGGAACAGGUAGAAAAUCAAAUGGAAAUAUUUCAGAAAUUUUCACUGCACGUAAAAAAGAAAGUGGGCUGAAAAAGUGUGAACAAGAAUUGAUCAGUCUGGAAGAGUAUGCAGAGCUCCGGUCAGCUGGAUUUCAGGCACCAUCAAAAUGCCUGCCAAGACCAAUCAUGGUGUCUUUACAAUCCAAAAGCUCAGAUUGUACUGAUGAUAAGGAACAACACAAACAGCUGGGUGCUGGUGACACAGUGCAGUUCUGUGUGCCCACCCAAAGAGACCAAAAAAUAUCCGCAGCUGUGAAGGAAAAGACUUUAAAACAACCAGGCAAGGAGGACAAAGGUAAAAGAACUGUGUUGCCUCACAAGAAGAGACAUGUUGCUGUCUUGGAAAUACUGGAAGAACCAGAUGAGGAUUCUGAUUUCUUGCCUGAUGUAGAUCUUUCUGUUCCAUCAGAAAGCCUUGAUGAAAUGACCACUUGUCUAGAAAUAAAUCAGAAGUUUUCCGUGAAGAGGAAAGCACAUAUUUCAUAUCAGAAAUGUGGGAAGAAGGCAAGAUCAGGAAAACGGAAUAUCUCUAGGAAGAGAAAUUUUAUUCUAGAUGCAAAUGACCUGGAUGAUUUUGAGGUGGUUGCUAACUUUCAGGAUGAAGGAACAUUUGCUGAACAGCAGCAACCUUCAGAGGAAAGGUUCAUGGAGGAAGAUGCUCAGUUACCCACCAAGGCUGAAUCGUUCAUCAAGAGUGAUUUUCAGGAUGAUAAUUAUGAUGUCUUUGAUCACAAGGUGAAGAUACCGCCAGUACUCAUUGAUGCACAAGCACAAUCAUAUAGUACGCAGGAAAGUUCAGAUGUGGUCCACCUGCUGGAUUCUUCUGCAUCAUGUUACUGCAACAGCUCAUUUGACUUCAUUGCAUGGAGCAAUCCUUCUACCACAGACUUUAUGAAACAUGGCUUACAUCAGGAGCAAAGCAAACACAUUAAAGAUGCUCCAGACGAAAACGAAAAAAAUAUUGAGCAAGACUCUCCCAACUUUGAUCUAGAUUUUGAUUUUGAUGACGAAGACAUUAUUCCUCCUUCUCCUGAGGCAGUUGGUUUGUUCACAAACAAGCAUCAAGACAGUAAGAUCAAAGCAUCUGAAGACAUUGAAGAGCAUCAUGUUAUAGAGUAUUUAAGUACUGAUACAUCUGUAGAAAAGAAGGCUAAAAUUGUUGUCACAGACAGCAUUAAAGUUAAAAUGAAUCCUCAAGUUCAACCUCCCUUAACCACAAAAGUAAAUACACCCAAUUUUCACUGUGAUGUUCAAGAAGAUUCUAGCUUCCAUAAUCCAGCUUCUGAGAAGUUGGAAGACCAAAUACACAAAGAUGGUGCAAAGACACCUUUGCAGAUCAACAUGAAAGGGCCAUCAACAACGUUCUGUUGCAGCACCCCUGUCAGCAACAGAAAAGUUGGAACUUUUUAUGAGACUCCUCAUGCAUCUGACAGUACCCCGGGCCCUACAACAAAAAUUACUCAAAAACUUAAACUUCACUUUGGAGAAGAUAGUGAGAGCGAUUUUGAAGACUUUGUAAUAGUUAGACAAAGAUCAAGGGCUCUACAGCUCUUGUCACCUGGAACGUCUGAUCUAGAUGCUAGUCAUGCGACAGAAAAGGGUGUCAGUUUUAAAUUACCAGCUAAAAGAUUUUCUGCACAGAUGAACAAGAAGGAACAGCAGAAAAAGAAAAAGCAUAAAAAAAGGUGUCUAUUUCUUGAUGAUGAAGCAGAGUUGUCAGACGAUGUAGAAGUGUCUACAGAUGAGGAGGAAGACAAUCUUGACGUCAUGGAAAACAGCUUCAUAGACAACGAUACACAGUUAACCCAAACUUCACACACAGACAUGCAAGCAGUGUACCUCAAAUCUGUGCGAAGUCCAUCAUUUCAGGAUGUAAAGUCAAAUACUGGUCGCUUUCGCCUGCAGUACAAUCAUGCGGUGCUUGAUGUCUUUUCACAGCCCCAUGCUGUAGACACAGACGAGUCACAAUAUGAAAAAGACAGCUUUUGUGUAGGUAGUGAGGAGGAGGAAGAGGAUAAAGAUAAUGUGGAUGAAACUGAAGACGAGGACUAUGACCUAACGGUCAUCAACAGGAGACCCCUGAAAACUGGGGUCAAGAGAAGGAAAGCUGUAAAUUCUAGACCAGUCAAGGGAAGAAAGAGAGUCAGACAAAUAGUCGACUCUUCUGAUGAAGAAGAAAAGACUGAAAGACUGUCACCCAGUCAGGUGACACCAGAACUAAAGACAUCUCGGAGCAUCAAAGCAUUGCUGUCUAGCAGUGAUGACAACACUGAUUUGUCUGUUCUUAAGCAGUCCCCUUCAAAUAUCUGUAACGAAGAAGAUCUAGAUGACCAGAUUUCCCAUCAGAAACUUUGUGCAAAGAGUGAGACUAGAAGAAAUUUGGACACAAAGUGCAGCCAGGGUUUUAACUGCCAGCAACAAGCUUCAGAACCAGACUCUUGUUUGACUGAAAAAGACUGGUGGGUAGAGGAUUUUCCAACAGAAACACUGCUGCAGAAGGGGAAGAGUACAGAGGUCACUUCUAGAAUAGGAGAGAAGACAAUUCACAAGCAUAACUAUGACACUUGCGAGCAGAGUAUGACUUUUCAACACCAGCACUCAGCACAUCGAGUAGAAAAAAGAUCAGAAUCAGUUGCUGCUCAUGGUCUGUCUCAAAAACUAGAUUUAUCCAAAAAGUGGCUAAGCACAGGACAUUUUUUAAAACCUGAUAAAAAUGAUAGAAACGAACUGGAUUAUACGGAUGCCAAAGGUUCAGCUAGUGUUAAAAGAAAAGUCAUGGAGUUUAGAGGAGCAAGUGCUUCUGAAUGUGACCUACCAAACAAUGACAUAUCAGAUUCUGUGAAGAAGACGGAGUCCAGGCUGACGUCUGCUGAUAGCUGUAUCUCAGAUGAUGACCUACUUCAUCAUAAAGGAGAGGACACCAAUGAUCAGCCUCAAGAGAACACUGCUCAGUUUACCUCCCUUAUGAACAAAGAGCGUGGGAAGGUGGUGAUUCUCAUUGAUUCAAGAGAAGUAUGUGGUGCACAGGAUGUUGUGUCAGCUCUGCGUCUGCAACACAAUCUUUAUGUCUGUACCUUUCAACUCAAAGCUUGUGACUAUAUUCUCAGCAACCGAAUGGGUGUUGAGCGAUUUAGCUGGUCAGGUUUGAUCAAUAGUGCUAACCGCAGCAAACUUUGUGAUCGUCUGCGGCAAAUGCAGUUGCUGUAUGAUCGUUGCAUUCUGAUUGUGGAGAAAGACCGUGUCAAAUCCGGUGAAGAAAACACAUCUAGAAAUCAACACCACAGCAAGUAUUUGGAUUCUGUUUUGUCACAACUUAACCAAACAUCAGUGCGGGUUUUCUUCACUGAUAACCAAGGGGAAACAGCUACUCUGUUAGCAAACUGGCUAAUGCAGAGACCCAGAGAGAAAUGUAUUACAGCUAUUAUGAUCAACUUCUACAUGUCAGUACCACUGCUGACAGUGACACAUGCCCUCAACAUUUGCUAUAACUUCAACACCAUUCAAAAGUUUUUUCAAAGUUCUGUUGCUGAUAUUCAGAGAAAGGGUAAAAUGUCCUUUGCUCGUGCCACUGAAGUGUACAACUAUUUUCGACACCGUUUUGCAGCAGAAUUAUUGCCAAGAAAUAGAUGCCUGUUUGGAACCAUGAAGAGUUAACAAGGAAAGAAAAUUAAAACAUGGUUUAACAUAAUUUAUUUAGCCAUAGCGCAUAGUAGUGCAUAGUAAAUAUGUAAAUCCUUACAUUUGUGGAAAGAAGUUUAACUUGAUGCUUUGGGAUUGUAUGACGGCUGACCAAGCAAAAACUUUUGAAAAGUAAGAUGAAGAAUAAGUUUUGUUUUAUUUGCGUUAAGUAUGUCAUUUUUUUUUUUUUUAAUGAAUGCUCACUUAAUAGUACAUGUGCUGUAUUUUAACAAAAAUGUUAAUUUCCUAAGGUACCUAUAUAUGUUUUGCUGACUAGAUUUGUUGCCUGUGGAUAGUAAUAUAUGAUUGAGAGUGUGCAUUGAGGCAGACUUUAGAGCUGCACUGUAUACAGGUACUAUCAGUUUGUUACCACCCAGAUUUUUGCGAAUGCCUGUUCAGUCAUUUUGUAUACAUAUGUAGAGGUAGAACUUAAGUUUUAUGGAACCAGAUCAGAAAGUUAAUAUUCUGGUGAGCUUGUGCAAUAAAAUGGUAUUCUUGUUUAA